GACUAUAUAUCUCCGAGGCAAAAAAGUUACAAUGACUUCUUUUAACGAGUUAGCUUAGCCUCUCUGACCAGUACAGUGCUGGUCUCAGCCAAGGAUGACAGCUCCAAGCUAGGCUAACAACACACAACUAGUUUACAGAAGAGGAGCAAGAUGUUGGAGUCCUACGUCACACCACUCCUGAUGAGCUACGUGAACAAAUAUAUCAAGAAUUUGAAGCCAUCUGAUUUGCAGCUGUCUCUCUGGGGAGGAGAUGUAGUGCUCAGCAAAUUGGACCUGAAGCUGGAUGUGCUAGAACAGGAAUUGAAACUUCCAUUUACAUUCUUGAGUGGUCAUAUCCAUGAGCUGCGUAUUCAUGUACCGUGGACAAAGCUGGGUUCAGAGCCUGUUGUCAUCACCAUCAACACCAUGGAGUGCAUCUUUAAGCUGAGGGAUGGAGACCAGGAUGACCAUGAGAGUGGUUCUACCUCAACAAGUCGCAGUGUCUCAGAAAGUUCCAAGGCUACAGGCAAGCCCCGCCGCCUCCAACAAGCUGCCCCCAGCGACCCCGACCUGCCCCCAGGUUAUGUUCAGAGCCUGAUCAGACGUGUGGUGAAUAAUGUGAAUGUUCUGGUGAACAACCUAAUACUGAAAUACGUUGAGGAUGACAUCGUGUUGUCAAUCAACAUUACAUCAGCAGAUUGCUUCACUGUUGAUGAUCUGUGGGAAAGAGCCUUCAUGGACAUCACAGCUCCAGAAUUGGUUCUUCGGAAAGUGAUCAACUUUGCUGAUUGCACCGUUUGCUUGGACAAGCGGAAUGCAAGUGGCAAGAUUGAGUUCUACCAGGACCCUCUGCUGUACAAAUGCUCCUUCAGAACACGUCUUCAUUUUAGCUACGACAACAUCAAUUCCAAGAUCCCAUCUGUCAUCAAAAUCCAAACCAUGGUGGAUAGCCUGAAGUUAUCAAUUACAGAUCAGCAACUUCCCAUGUUCAUCCGGAUUUUAGAACUGAUUAUCGCGCUUUACUACGGAGAAAUUGGAGGACACAGAGAAGCAGACCGAGAAGAAAGCAUCUGUCAUGUCAGGGAAGCUGGAACAAAUGUACCUGGGAUGGAUGUGGACAUAGAGAACCAGGGUCCAGGGCAGUACUCAAAUCCAGAGUUUUACAUGGACUCAGACAUGUCUGCAGAGAAUUACCAAGGAUGGGUCUCUUGGGCUUGGUCCUUCGUUCCAGCCCUAGUAGGCUCAGAGGAGGGGGAAGAAGGUCUUUUCUUGCAGGGAGAGACUGGAGGCGUCCCAAACAAUCCCCAACAACACACACUUAAGGAUCCCAUUGUGUCCAUUGGGUUCUACUGUACUACAGCUUCUCUUACAUUUAAGCUGACAGAGUGCCAGGCAGAAAGCAGCUACUACAGCCCUCAGAAGGUGAAGUCAAGAGAAGUUAUGUGCCUGGUACAAGAAGGAAUAACCAUUGAGGUACUGUUAAUGGGGGAGCCCUUCUUUGACUGUCAGAUUGGCGUUGUGGGUUGCCGGGCUCUUUGCAUGAAAGGCAUCAUGGGAGUACAGGAUUUUGAAGAAAACAUCAACCGAUCUGAAGAGGAUGCAGUGUUCUUCAGCUGUGGGGACAACCUCAGCAGCAAAGGAAUGACCUACCUAACCAACUCUCUGUUUGACUACCGCAGUCCAGAGAACAAUGGCGUCAGAGCAGAGUUCAUCCUGGAUACUGUUACUCACAAGGAGACCUACACAGAGAUAGCAGGCAUGCAGCGCUUUGGUGCUUUUUACUUGGAUUACCUCUACACAAUGGAGAACAGCAGCGGCAAAGAUUUUCAGGACUCGUCUGCAGGGAUCAUAGAAGACAUAGUGCCUACUGUUCAAGAGAUAUCUAUCAAGAGACUGGUGGUGGGACCUUUAGAUAUCAAGUUACACAGUAGCGCUGUGCAUCGCAUUAUCAAAAUGAUUAUAUGUGCCAUGGACCAUGAGUAUGAGCCUUACUGUAAACCACAGCAAGAAAUUGUUGAGGAAAGUCGUUCUUCAGUGAAUCCAGAGGAGAUCUCAAGAUUAGAAGAAUUUAUUCCCACCAGACUCACUUGUCUCACACUGCUCCAAGUCUCCAUCACUGUUUCUAUGGCUGAAUUCAACCUUCUUCACACACUAAUUCCUCUCAUCAUUGGAGGCAAGGUUCCACCAGGCCCAGUCAACGUAUCCGCCUUUCGGCCGAUGCGCCCCUUACCCUCAGCACAGUUCCAGGUGGAGCGGAUAAAAGUGGAACACUCUGUGCCCAUGUAUGCUCCAGAGUUGGUCAGCAUUGUCAGUGCUCUCAGCCAGCCUUCUGACAACCUUCUACAUCACUGCUAUGCACACUUUUACCUCAAGGUGUCUGGGUUCCAGGCAGGCCUUACAUGCCAAGAUAGCACUGGGGGAUUCCUUCCACUGAUCCCAGUCAUUCCCUCUUUUAGCACAGCGCUUUAUGGGAAGAUGAUCCAGAUGCCUGCAUACUGGAGUAAAAUGUAUUCGGUACCCACCACAGAGUGUAUUCUGGAGCUUCCCUACUUUGCAGUGCAGGCCACAAGAGCACAGACACAUCUGCUCCAAGCAAUCUGCCAAAGUUGGACCCAUGGCACGUUAAGCGGUGCAACCCUAACGCUCAACGAAAGCCUGAUCAAUGAAGUGUACAAAGCUCCAGGUGUGAAAUCUCUGGACCAGUCACCGACUCUUGAAGGCUCGCUCCAAAAUCUUGAGCUGAAGUUCUGCAGCCGUGCAACGGUGAAAUGCGCCUCUGGAACUGUGGGAGCUGUAAAAGUGUGUGCCAGGACCCCAGGCUCACUCGAGGGGGUAAAGGAGAGUCUGGUUCCUCUGAUCCAGGGACCAUCUGACACAAAAGAACUUCAUAUGAGACGAUGGCUAAAUGAGAUCCGCAAGCCCGAAUCACUUUUGGCCCCUGACCUACUGACAUUUUCUGUUCAAGUGCCACAGCAAAGCGACAAUUGCAGGAACUCAGGUGCAGUUCUGUUGGCUCGUGUUCAGGGCAUCGCGAUCAAUGUGGACCCCAUCUUCUGCACAUGGCUGCUGUAUCAGCCUCAUCGAGGGAGCAACAGGCAGCAGCAACAGAAUCCAGGCCCAGUUCCCUUGACAAAGCGAAGAGAGGAUGACAUCUCAUUAGGGAGCACACCAUUGGUCCAACAGACUUCCAAUCAAGCCUCUGACUAUGCUAGCAGCCCUGUCAAAACCAAAACUGUUACAGAAUCACGCCCCCUUUCCAUUCCACUGAAAGUGAUGCCGGACACCACAGUGUCGUCAUUGACAAGCUCAGAGGAGAGAAUGAAGGAGCUCAUUGCUCAUGCCUGGGAUGCUGUUAAACGCCUUACACUGCAGUUGGAGUUACAGUCCUGUUGUGUGUUCCUGCCCAAUGACAGCCUUCCAUCACCAAGCACUAUUAUCUUUGGUGACAUCCCUGGUACUGUGCGGAGCUGGUACCACAACCAAGCAUCAAUGCCAGGAACCCUUGUGGUCUGCCUGCCCCAGAUCAGUGUUGUCAGUGCUGGGCAUAAAUACAUGGAGCCUUUGCAGGAGCUCCCAUUUGUGGUCUCCAAGCCCAUUCUAGAAGAAGGUGAUGCUUUUCCAUGGACAAUAUCCCUGAGUCAGUUCAGCGUAUACACUCUGCUGGGGCAGCAGCGUAGCCUUAGCCUCGUCGAACCGAUGGGGUGUACCUCCACACUUGCAGUCACAUCCCAUAAGCCUCCAAACUGUCCAGAAGGAAGGCACUCUUUUGUUGUAUGCCUCCAUGUUGAUCUUCAGCCAGUCCGAGUCAAGUGCUCCAACCCUCAGAUUCAGCUGUCCUAUGAGCUCUUACUGAACUGGACUUCUACCUGGGCUCGUCUCCAAAAGCAGGGCAUUUUACGUCAGACCACCAGUAUACCAGAGCCCCCCACUGGUGCCACUCCAUCCUCUCCAGUCCGCAGCAGCGCUGGUACAGCCGUGCCAGACACGAGCACCUACAGCCCCUCUGCAGAUGUCGGCUCCCCUACUGAGGGUGAUUCAGUACCAGCAGGUGAUGAGGGUCCCUUUGCCGACCCCGUUACCUUGGAGCAGAAAACUAGCAGCAUCGGUGGCACGAGUGGGAAAGUCAGCCUUUGGAUGCAGUGGAUGUUACCCAAGGUCAUCGUGAAACUAUUUGCUCCUGAUCCAACUACAAAAAAGACAGAAGUCUGCAUGGUCAGUGAACUAGAGGACCUGAGUGCCUCAGUAGAUAUCCAGGAUGUUUACACAAAGAUCAAAUGUAAAGUUGGCAGUUUCAACAUUGACCACUACAGAUGCAGUCUGGAGGAGGGUGUUCGGACCAGCUGUGGAGGAGUGGUCCUGUCUUGCACUGACAAGCUGAACAGACGCACUGUGUUGGUUCGACCGGUCAGCAAGCAAGAUUCUUUCAGCCACAUCUCUGGCUUUUUCUCUCCUACGGCAGCCAAGGUGCUGGAAGGCUCUCACCAGCAGCAUGGCUUCUUGUCCAUUACCUACACACAGGCUGUCACCAAAAAUGUUCGUCAUAAACUCACCACACGGCCCGAGCGGCCAACACGCAGCGGUACAACCACUGCCAGUCAGCGUGUUACUGCGGAUCCGCUGGCAGACGGUUCCCCUCAAUACCUGAGAGAAAUCCUUCUGACAGCCCAGCCCUUUGACGUUGUGCUCUCAUGUCCGUUAUUAACCACCAUAGUUGGAAUAUUUCAGACGACAGUACCAAGGCGCUUCAAAGACCGUGGGAAGUCAGCAGGCCAGCCUACGAGAAGCCACACACUGACCUCUCGAUGUUUGCCUCUCAUUUACAUCAACACGAGUCUAAUCAGGGUCAUCUGCCCUGGAGCACCAGACAAAACAGAAGAUCUCCAUGCAAACAAAGAAGACACAUUGGUGCUUAAGUUGGGUUCCCUCAGCAUGGCUCCUCAGGCUGAUAACCCCCUUACCCGCACGGUGCUUCGCAAAGACCUCUACAAGCACGCAUUGAACCUUGGUAUCCUUCGCGACCCUGGCUCAGAGGUGGAGGAUCGUCAGUACCAGGUCGACCUCCAGUCCAUCAACAUUGGGACAGCUCAAUGGGAGCAACUCAAACCGGAGAAGGAGGGAACAAAAGGAGGCGCAUCAGCGGACAGUGAGAGAAACUCCCAGAACCCGGCGCUAGAAUGGAACAUGUCCAGCAGCAUAAGGAGGCACCAGGAGCGCCGCGCCAUCCUGACACCCAUUGUGACUGACUUCUCGGUCCGUGUAACUGCUGCCCCUGCCAUCAUCUUCAGCAAGAAUCUUUCCCCUGAUAUUGGACAAGCAGAGGACUUAGUGGUAUGUGGCCACUCUCUGGAAGUUAACGUGACCAGCAGUUUGGAUUUCUACCUCAGCAUUGCUCAGGUGCACCUCCUUCAUCAGCUUCUGAAGGACAAUUUGGUGGCCAUGGGAGCUACUGUGCAAGGCACUGAGAUGCAUCAACGUGAGCAGAAGUAUGGCAGUCGAGGCUCUUUGUCAGGCAUCGACUCUUCGUCUCGUCACAGUGCGACCGGACAAGACAGUGGAUUCGGUAGUGAUAGCGCUCGCAUCCGUAUCAUCCAGAUCGAGCACCAGAGUGGGACCAGUCACCACUGCAUAGCGAGACCCUCAUACAAGUCCACUAUUACCAAAAACCUCAACUUUAUCCCUUUCGACAUCUUUCUUACUGCUAGUAGAGUGUCUGUCAUGGCCUAUGCGUGCUCGAGCCCCCCCAGAAUCCAGUCGUCGUCAUCAGACAGCAAACAGGACAAGAAAGAGACUGAGGAAAAGGUAGGAAAGAGUGCUCUCAACCAGCCUGAAACCCUGUCCGAGUCUCUUCCAGCCUCAACAUUGGCGUCUCCUGGCCCUGAUCCUGCUGCCCCAGUUACACUAACAGACCUGACUGCUGAGGACAUCCUUAACUGCAAUGUUUCCCAGCCAGCCUCUCCACUGCUGAGAGGAAGUCUGCUCUCCCUAAACUCCCUGCCAACCCCCAGCCGCUCCUCAGCUCGCCAAGCGCUGGGGGUGACAAUUGUAAGGCAGCCCGGUAGAAGAGGGGCCCCAGACCAGGUGCUGGAACCGCUGCUGUACCUGCAGGUGAUGCAACCUUCUGCUCUGCUCAGUUGCCACCAUCGCAAGCAGAAAAUGGAGUUGUCUGUGUUUGAUGUGGCCUUACGAGGAGUGGCUUCAGACUACAAGUGCCUAGACCAAGGGAAGACUUUGCCCGAAACACUGGAUUAUAAUGUAAUCUGGCUCCAAACAGCAGCUGGUGAAGUGGACAGUGAAACCGGCAUCCCUCCACCUCUGCUGUGCCUCCAGAUUAAAGAUUUCUUCAAUGGACCAGCGGAACUCAGUUUGGAGCUGUCUCGCCCCUUGAAAGUCAACCCAACGCUGGUCAAAUUGGAGCAGGCCAAAGCCUACCUGAAGAAACUUGUGCCAAACCACAUGUGGAACACCUCGAGUAAACCAGCUUCCACUUCCGCGACCCCUCAGUCGUCUCCUGCCAAGAUGCCGCCCAGGGCCUUCACCCCUUCCCAUCAGAGCCAUGGCCUCAGCAAAGCCAGCAGCAUUGACGCCUUGGCUCUGUCCUUCCCCAAGGUCUCUCUCCACACUACCCAGAUUGUGGUCGUCAUGGAGACGGAGGCCCAUCCGAUGACGCCCAGCGUGACUGUGUCUGUGUCAUCUAUGACAGGAAGUCUAAACUUGAAGUCGGGCCUAAGGAUCGAGGAUGCAGUUCAAUCCGCUUCUGUGCAGUUGGAGCUGCAAGAUGUGCUGGUAAGAACUGGACUGAAGGAGCAAAGCCAUGUCCUACUGGGGCCUUUUUCCUGCAGUAGCUCACUGGAGGCUCGGUGGUGUCGGCACAGUGGCAGUCCUGGACCUGAGCCUGGUGCCCCUAAACUGCUGCUGGACCUGAAAGGAGGCCUGCUGCAGGUGUUUUGGGGACAAGAACACUUAAAUUGCCUGAAGCUGGUUGAGGAGCAUCUAAGAGCAUAUUACACUACCCAUAGAGGGGACACGGUUGACAAUGUCCCCAAAGCCAAAUCCUGCCAGACCCAGCCACCACCCUCUCCAGGCACUCUAUGUCCUCGCUCAGAACACAGCUCUGAUGACCUGCGGACAGGACAGUUCCAGUACAUCCAGGACUCAGCCUCCCGGAGGUGGCCAGGGCCCCAUGAGGUGGUGUUCUACAGUGAGACAGAAGACAGUCCAGGGCUAAUGGUUUGGAGGUACCCUGAACCUCGUGUCCUCACCUUCGUCAGGAUAACGCCUGUCCCUUUCAACACCACAGAAGACCCGGAAAUCAGUACAGCUGACCUUGGGGACGCCUUACAGGUACCAUGCAGCCUUCAGUAUUGGGAUGAGCUCCAGCAGGCCUUUGUUCCAUACCGGGAAUUUAGCCUGUCGGAGAGCAGCUCCUGUCAGCUGCAACUUCCCAGCCUCAGCCUCGUUGAUCAACAUAAAGAGCUGGUGGCUUCAGAUUUGUGGAGGAUUGUACUCAAUAGUAACAACGAGGGAGAUGAGCAGAGUUCAGAUAGUGAGUCUGGCUCCCAGCUGCCAUGUGAUCAGCUGGUAUCUCCCAUGGCUCUUGCGGCGUGCACUCGUGUUGACUCCUGCUUCGCGCCUUGGUUUGUCCCUUCGCUGGGCGUGUCCCUGCAGCUAGCGCAUGUCCAAGUUCACCUCUGCCACCAUCUAGAACAACUGGGAACAGCUCCACCUCAAAAGCUCCGUCCUUUCCUGCCAGAUAGGAAAAUACCUCAGAAACAGGAGUUCAUGGUCGUUGGUGGUGUGGAGCCACAGAUCUUCCUGCGCCAGUGGACCAAUGGACCACGACAUUGUCAGGAGUUUAACUUUUCCACCCAGCUCGACUGCAAGCUGCUGGAGUAUCGAAACCUAACACACAUGCAGGUUCUGCAGCCCUGUAUCAUACAGGGCCAGGCCACAGCCAACUGCUGCCCCCAAAGUACCGUGUGGGAUGCGAACGUGUUUGUGGAUCCUAUAUUUGCCACAAUCAGUCAGUAUGCCAUCCACACGUUGGACACUGCUCUUCAAAGCUGGAAACAGAAUGGAAACCCAGAGGCCGAGGAACUGGUUUACAGCCACUAUGUCAUCUGUAAUGAUACCCAUGAGACGCUGCGCUUCGGCCAGGUGGAUACAGAUGAGAACGUGCUCCUGGCCAGCCUCCACAGCCACCAGUACAGCUGGAGAUCUCACAAAUCUCCCCAGCUGCUCCACAUCUGCAUCGAAGGCUGGGGGAACUGGCGCUGGUCCGAGGCCUUCAAUGUGGACAAUGUGGGGACCCUGCUCAGGACCAUCGAGGACAAAGGUCGCACGGCCUCACUCAUCAUCAAGGUGGUGCAACUUAACGGUGUCCAGAAACAGGUGAUAAUCUGUGGACGGCAGGUAAUGUGCAGUUACCUGAGCGAGGCCAUUGAAGUGCGGCUGGCACAGCACUAUGUUGGAACUAAUGGUCAGACAGUGGUCAGAGAACACUGUGACUGCCUGGAGGCCGGAGCUAAGUUGCCAUCCUAUGUUCUGGAGGAUGCCGAACUGACAGAGCUCUGUGUGCGGGCCAGAGGAGAUGAUGACUGGUCCCAGGAUGUGCAGCUUGAGAGGAAGGAAAAGGGCAAAGUUGUCCAGGUGCCGUGUUCUGAUGGUUCUUUGCUCUUUGUGUGGUGUAACCUCAUCACUAUUGAACCUGAUUCCCAUAUGCAACAAAGAGUGGUUGCCUUUAGUCCACUGUUUGUCAUGAGGAGCCAUUUACCAGAGCCAGUAAUCAUCCAUAUAGAGAAGAGGAGCCUUGGACUGCGAGAGAGCCAGCUGGUACCAGGACAGGGCCACCAAGAGCCCCUGUUCAACACUGAGGCUGACCUCAUCCACCAUCUCACUUUUCAGGCCAGGGAAGAUAAAGAUGCCUCCCAUUGUGCUGUACCGAUCUCCACCAGCCUCAUCAAACAGAUAGUGGACAAGAAUGGAAAUGAGAACAACGUAGAACACAUCCUGGCUGAUUUCUAUGGUCCAAAGACCUCCAGCGAGCCACCAUGGCCUUACAUCUCCAAAGACACUGACAGUUCAGCACUGGAGGCCCUUGCCCAGUGGGACAGUCCUAUGCAGGUGAAGUUAUCAUGCUGGAAAUUGGGCCUGAGCACACUGCUGGUGGAGCUGCUACCCUGGGCCCUGUUGGCUAAUCACUCCCAGUGGGACCUGUGGCUUUUUGAGGGGGAGACUAUCGUACUGCAGAUACCAGUCGGCAAGGUCAUGGUACCGCCUAACUUCAAGGAAGCCUUCCAGCUGGGCAUCUAUUGGGCUCAGACCAACACAGUCCACAAGUCUACUGCACUGAAACUAGUCCAUGAUCUGACCUCACCUCGAUGGAAGGAGGGCACAGAUUCGGAGGUUGUAAUCUUGGAUGAGGAAGGAUUUGUGCAGGCAGACAUCAGAUUGGGAGCUUUCCCUGGAAGGCAGAAGCUGUGUCAGUUCUGUGUGUCAUCUACGGUCAAAAAUGGCAUCCAAAUCCUCCAGAUUGAGGACAGAACAAUCCUCGUCAACAACACUCCUCACACAAUACACUAUAGACCUUUGCUGACUGACCACAGGCUGGGAAACGAUAACCAGGCCUGUGCCAUACCAGAGACAGCAGCCUUCACUCUGACUCCAUGUGAAGUCUCCUCUGCAGCCAAACCCUGCUCAGUGCCAUGCUGGGACCUUCUCCAAACCAGCGACCAAGGGAACGUGGAGUUCCCCCUGCCUUUAAAAUGCCUGCUUUUCAGCUCGUUAUCAAGGCCUGACGCCAGAGUCGGGUCCACUGCAUGGAGCCUUCCCACUCCCGUCCGAGCAGACUUCCCCAGGCAGAGUGUGUCGGUUCCUGGAGAGAACAGCCUGAGCACCAGCGCUGUCGUCCUGACGUACCAGGAGCACCUUGGGGUGACGUUCAUUACUCUCAAUGAGGAUCCUUGUCCUCACAUGCUGGUGCACAACAAGUGUCCUGUCCCACUCUUGCUUAAGGAGAAUGUCAAAGAAACGCCAAAGACUGAGGUGUUCUGUUGUCCUCUUCCUGCAAAUUGUUCCGUACACCAUGAGCUCUACCACCACUUUUCUAGUUUCCCCGACUGCAGGCAGAGAGAAGCCCUGCCAACUCUGCUCCUGAAAACAACGAAAGAUGCCAUCACCACAGACUGGACGGAGCCCAUUGACAUUAAUAGUCUUGGUACUCAGGUGGUGUUCUUGCCUGGCUUUGGCUGUCUCUACGUUGAUGUGGGUUAUGAGAAGGGAACUGUGGUUCUGUCUCUGUCAGCAGAGGGCGGUGUGGAUGCUGUAAUCAACCACCACAGGUCCACCAAGCUGUCCUUCAGUGUCCUCCUUAGCGAGGCCAGCGUGUCGUUGAGUGAUGACAUCACGAGCCCCUCCGGUUCUGUGGAGCUGCUGAGGCUCACAUUGACCAACGUGCUCCUCAGACUGGCCCCGGCACCCACCUCCCUGCCCCCCGAGGUGACCAGGGAGCCUGGAGCAGCUGCGGCGUCCAUCUUGACUCUUAUGCCCGACGCCUCUCUGAUUGAGGUGUACUGCUUGUCCCUGCAAGUGGACAACCAGCUGUACAACCGUGCGAGCUUCCACUUCCCCGUACUGCUGUGCCAGGAGCAGAAGGGGGCGGGUCCGCUCGGGAAUCAGUGGAGUAACCAUGACAACCCCUCUGACACUCCGGAACUCCUGGAGGAGUUUAAACGAUUUUGUUUCCUCCGGUUGACGCUGAUCUUGGCUGGGGACAGAUGCGCUGUGGAGGAGGUCAACUUCCAGGUGCAGCCUGCAAGAGUCUAUCUUGAGGACACAUUUGUUUACUAUGUAAAAACCUUGUUUCACACCUUCAUCCCCGCCUCCGCCAUGACCUCAGUGAAGCCUCAGAGGUGUAAAGAGCUGGGAUCAGAACCCAUCCUUCCUGAGCAGGUACUUCAGUCCAUACAGGCGCUGGUCCAGCCUGUGCGUCUGCAGAAAUUGACUAUCCAGCCGGUCAACCUGCUGGUCAGCAUCCACGCAUCCCUGAAACUCUACAUCGCUUCAGACCACACACCGCUGGCCUUCUCCCUGUUCCAGAGAGGACCUCUCUGCACUACAGCCAGACAGCUGGUCCACGCUCUGGCUAUGCAUUACGCUGCUGGGGCCCUCUUCAGAGCUGGAUGGGUCGUCGGGUCUUUAGAGAUCCUGGGCAGUCCUGCUAGCCUGGUACGCAGCAUCGGUAACGGCGUGUCCGAUUUCUUCCGUUUACCGUAUGAGGGUCUGACCCGAGGGCCUGGUGCCUUUGUCAGCGGUGUCUCCAGAGGGACCACUUCCUUUGUCAAGCACAUCUCAAAAGGCACCCUGACGUCCAUCACCAACUUGGCAACCAGCCUGGCCAGAAACAUGGACCGUCUGUCCCUGGAUGAGGAGCACUACACCAGGCAGGAAGAGUGGAGGCGGCAGCUCCCAGAGAGUCUGGGAGACGGACUCAGGCAGGGGCUGUCACGACUUGGCAUUAGUUUGUUGGGAGCAAUAGCCGGCAUCGUGGACCAGCCCAUGCAGAAUUUCCAAAGGAACUGGGACAUGCAGAGCUCAGCUGGUAGCAAAGCCAAAGGUGUCAUCUCUGGCAUGGGGAAAGGAAUUGUGGGAGUUUUCACCAAGCCAAUAGGAGGAGCAGCCGAACUGGUGUCCCAAACUGGAUAUGGGAUCCUCCAUGGCGCAGGACUGUGGCAGCUUCCUAAACAACUUUAUCUGCCAACCGAGGAGAAAUCAGCUGAGGCCCCCAACAGCCAUCUUAAAUAUGUUUGGAAAAUGCUGCAGUCUUUGGGGCGGCCGGAGCUGCACAUGGCCCUGGAUGUGACCAUUGUGAGCGGCUCAGGCCAGGAGCACGCGGGCUGUCUGCUGCUCACCUUGGAGGUGCUCUUCGUGGUCAGCCUGAGCGAGGACACGCAGCAGCAGGCCUUCCCAGUCACGGAGGUGGAGUGUCAGGAGGAGGCGGGGCAGCUCACCCUCACGUUACAGCAGCACACAGUAGCCACCGACUCAGAGGGUGACGGCGGCGUUCGAGAGCGUCUAUCAGAGCAGCAGUAUCAGCGUCUGGUGCAGUACGUGAAGCGAGCAGCCAACUAUUUUCCUGCCUCUGCUGCAUCCCCGCAGCUGCAACCUCAAGUGACGCUUGCAGAACGUCCCGCGUCCGUCACCAAGUCGUACCGCUACCUGGUUGACCCCACCUUCGCCAAGGUAUUUGUCAGCAAGUUCACCAUGGUAAAGAAUAAAGCCUUGAGGAUCGGAUUCCACUGAUACGUUCGCACAUGAUCAAGAUGUACAUUUUACCUUACUGUACAUAUUGAUACACAGCUACAAAUAAUUUUGUACUCAUCCUUGUCUGCUGAUAAACUUUUUUCAAAGAGUUUAUAUUUUGUACCAGUAAAAAACUAAUCACAGCAGUUUUUAUGUAUAGCUUGUAAAGAAAAGUACUUAGUAUAUAUAUAUAGCAACAGGAGUAUAUACUGUAUGUAUAUACAGUAGAUUGUAAUGUUGAAUGAAGCCAAACUCCAGCUGCCAACCAAAGUGAUGUAAUGAACAAGUUUCACGGUAACUUUGUGCCAAUCCUUCAUAUUGUUUUUGCCUUUUCUACACUUGCCUAACCUCUGGACUCUGUAAGGUUUCACUAACAUAACUUUAAAAUAAUAUAUUUAAAGAAUAUUUUAAUUAAAAAUUGAGAACAUUA